AUGCCCCGUCCAAGUUUCUCCCACAACCCUCUACUCAGGGUUUCCCGGCCUGUAUCAGCCUGUUCCCGGUGUCGCGCUGCAAAAGUCAAAUGUGAUGGCAAGCUGCCUGCCUGCACGGCUUGUGAAAAGGCUGGCCGAGCAAACGAAUGCUCAGCGGCUAACGACCAGUUUGCUCGAGGAAAAGAACGAAGCUACGUCGCUGCCCUGGAAUUACGGAUAGAAAAGCUCGAAAAGAGACUUCAGUAUGCCAAGUCACGCAAGGCGUCAGUUGCCAUGCAUGAUAACGACGCAUCGGCUUUUAAUGUGCAGCAGAUGGAUCGCAGAGACUCACUUGCACUUAUACGUGCUGCUAUCUAUCGCAAGGCUGCCCAUAAGAGAGAAACGUUGGAUGUCAACUCCCUUGUCUCUGACUUUGGAUUCCUAUCUGUUAAUGCUACAACGCGAGACUUUGAGCCCACAUCAACGAACAUGACAUUUGCGAGAUUGGUGUUGGCGGCAACUACCAAUGAUGCUCUUCCAGAGUCUCUUCAAGCCCGCCUGCCUCCAAGACCAACUGCGCAUGCGCUUGUCCAACACUAUAUGGACAAUAUCUACUCACUGUUCCCAUCUUUUUCAGAGACUGCCCUUCUAACAGCUCUGGAUGACCUUUACCAGGAAGAUACCCGGACCAUCAAAGACUCGGAUUACUGGCUCGUGUACAUGGUUCUCGCCAUUGGCUCUACAUCCCAAAGUAGACGUAGCCAGGACAGUUACUACCUAGAUGGCCUUGAAUAUGCCGCGAGAGCCAUGAACCACGCUGAUGAAGCACUUGCCCCGGGACAUGUGACACAAAUACAGUCACUAAUACUUCUCACACAAUAUGCUAUGCUGGAUCCUGCCCAUUUUGAUAGCUGGCAUUCGAUUGGGUUCACAGCUCGUGCAAUUGUUGACUUGGGUCUCCAUCAGGACCCUCCCUUAUCUUCUGUGUCUGAUAAAUCCGCCCUAAAUAUGCGGCGCAAGAUCUUCUAUUGCGUUUACGCCCUCGAUCGUGCAAUUAGCAUGGUAUAUGCCAGAACGUUCUCGUUCACUGAUGAUACUGUUAAUGUUGCGUUUCCUCAAGCAUCUAGCAAUGCGAAGUCAGGAUCGACCUUGGAUGCGCUUUCUAGACCUCAGCCAGCCGACCCUGCCCUGCUACUGUUUCAGCUUAGGCGAGCACAAUCGCAUUGGUACCAAGAAUUAUAUCAGUCUGGGUCAGUCCCACUGCAAGAUCCAAUUUCCUAUAUCUGGAAAAUGUGUCUCGACAUGCGGGAAUGGCAGGAUACUCUCCCUAAUGAUCUGGCUCCUGAAAUCCGGCAAUUGUUUGAGCAGGAGUUAAGGUAUAGUUAUGUUUACUGCAUCGCGCCCUCAGCCAGGGCGCCCAGCAUGACUGAUUAUAACCGCAUCUUGAUUUUCGAGCACUCCAUGGCUUAUCUCGACACUGCCCAUGAUAUGGCUAACAACGCUCAUGGUUCGGGAUUCUAUACAUACCACGACGUCAUGAGAGUUUAUUUCAUGGCGAACCAAUUCCUCGCGGUUCUACGGGACGCCGAAGAAAUGCUUCUUUCAGGAAUGCCAGUCCCAAUUCCGAUCCCACGUCCCGGUGCCGCCCCUCCCCCUCCACUUCCGAGGCGAUUACAGCCCCAAGGGAUCAAUGGAGAAGACAACCUUGACAGAAGUCUGAAGUGCUUGGAUAAAGUCUCGCAAACUUUGAACACCUUUGGAGAGCGCUGGGCAGACGCUUCGCAUUUGAGAGAAAACUUCGGUAUGAUCUCGCAUGAGGUGGUAGAGCGUCUGUCAGGGAGAAGACAAAUGCGCGAUACCGCUAGAGGACAGUAUCAAUCGCAGUAUCAGAACAGAGGUAUACCACCCCAGAGUCAGGCUGGUUUCCAGAUGCAAAGCUCACAGCAGCCUCAGGAGAUGCAAUGGCCAGGAGUUGAUGUUGCACACAUGAUGCGUGGCGGGCUUCCACCACAAUGA